AUGUCUGAUUCGGAAUACUCUCAUGCCAUCGACGAACAACUCCUCACCCGCGUAGUGGCGGAGCAAGAACGUCACCAGGGAAAAGGAUCCCAGAAGAUCAAACGUGAAGAUGGAGGAAAAUCACGUAUUAUUGAUACUAAGAAAUCCCGUCUGGUUGAUGAAGCAACUGCUGCUCAAGUUGCAGCCGUAGCCAGUGCUGUUCGCCAGAAUGUUGAUGAAGAAAAGUACCAUAUUCCUUACGAUGAAGGUGCCAGUCUGGCUGAAGUAGCAGCAGCCGCAGCAGCAGCUCAAGCCGAGGACGAGCAACAACGUCAAAGACAACAACAUCAAAGACAACAACAACAACAACAACAACAGCAACAACAGCAACAACAACAACAACAGCAGCAGCAACAACAGCAGCAGCAACAACAACAACAACAACAACAACAGCAGCAACAACAACAACAUGCUCAUCAUCUUCAUCAACAGGAUUCGGUUCAUCAUGGUCACGUUCAUCCUCAAGCCCCCAUUCACGGACAAUCCCAACAUGAACAUCAAAAUCAACAACAACAACAGUACGAGUUAAGUUUACAACAAUACAACUCCGGUAACGAGUACAACAUUCUCCCUGAACCAUUGAUUGAUUCUAAGCUGAAGAUUUAUCCAGUUAGUGAGAAUACAAUAACUGCAGAGGGUAACUUAAUUACUAGACCAUUCCCCGAACAAGUAUUCCUGAAUCGUGAUCAAUUGAAUGAAUUCAUUCUGGAAUUUGCUAGAGAUAAUGGGUUCGGGGUGGUCAUUUCUCACUCCAAUAAGAAGGCUAUUUAUUAUACUUGUGAAUUGGGUGGUACUUACAGACACAAGAAGAAGGAUCGGUCAUCAAGUGGUAAUUUGAGUUCUGGUGAAAAUGGUCAACCUAGUAGCCAUGGUUCAGCUACUCCAAAUCCCCAUGCUCCCCCUGGUACCCUUCCUGGUGAUCUUUAUGUUCCCCCACCGUCAGGUACUUUUAAGUCUCCCGUAGACAAGCGUAAUGACUCUGCCACCAUUGAUAUGGGUGGAGGCUACCUUUUGGAUGCUAACGCAAAAACUAAGAAGUUGAGAUGUCCAUUUGCUAUGUCUGCUACUUGUAAGAAAUCUACUGGGGUUUGGACUUUGAGAACCACUUGUAACGAACACAAUCAUCCUCAAUUGGACCCCUUGGCUAAUCAUCCAAUGUUACGUAAACGUUCGGAUGAACUUAACUUGUUGAUUUUGGAUUUGUAUAAGGUUGGUACAAAACCAUCUUUGAUUGAAUCCAAAAUCAAAGAUCAGUACCCUGAUGUUCUUAUUAAGAGAGAAGAUAUUUAUAAUGAAAUCAGGGGUUACAAGCGGAAAAUGAAGAAACAAAGUCGUUCGUUUAUCAAGGCAUCUUCUUCAGUUGUAGGUACUGCUGGAUCUACCAGUGGGAAUUAUGAAGAUGGACCAAGAAAAAAGAGACACACUGCUGGUAGAUACCAAACCGUUAUUGAAUCUGAUGAUGAAUCUCAACAAUUACAACAACAUCCAUUACACCAACAAGCAUUGCCUCACCAAAUGUCUCAUGCAGCAGCAGCAGUGGCUGCUGCCGCAGCAGCCGAUUUGCAAUACAGUCAAGAAGAAUUGCAACGACAUUUACAGGCUGCUCGUAUGGACGAACAAUAUCAACAACAACAACAACAACAAUACUAUCAACAUUCACAACAUCCCGGUUUGACUGACAACGACACCGCAGCAGCAAUCGCUGCCGUUGCCAAUGGAAGUCACCAAGAUUUGUCUAUGGACAAUAUUGAUUCUCGAUUGGUGGGAGAAUGA